UUCCAGCUCCGCACGGGAGGAUUGCAGCUGCGGGAUGCAGGCGCAGUGGCUUCUGACCUCCUGCAGUCUUUUGCCCCGGGCUGCACAGAUCUUGGCUUCGGAGGGUGGUGUACCUCUCAGCAGAUCCUUCAUGGGCUUCACCGGCCCCUUCACCAACAAGCGAAAGGCUUACUCGGAGCGUAGGAUCAUGGGCUACUCCAUGCAGGAAAUGUUCGAGGUGGUGUCCAAUGUCCAGGAGUAUCGAGAGUUUGUCCCCUGGUGUAAAAAGUCUUUGGUGGUAUCCAGCCGUAAGGGGCACCUGAAGGCUCAACUGGAGGUUGGCUUCCCACCUAUCUUGGAACGUUAUACCUCAUCAGUUUCUAUGGUAAAACCCCACAUGGUCAAGGCUGUUUGCACUGAUGGCAAACUCUUCAACCACUUAGAGACCAUUUGGCGAUUCAGCCCGGGAAUUCCUGCAUACCCCCGAACUUGCACUGUGGACUUUUCGAUUUCCUUUGAAUUUCGUUCUCUGCUGCACUCCCAGCUGGCCACCAUGUUUUUUGAUGAGGUUGUCAAAAAGAAUGUUGCUGCCUUCGAGCGCCGGGCAGCCACCAAGUUUGGUCCAGAGACAGCCAUCCCCCGUGAAAUGAUGCUUCAUGAGGUGCACCACACUUGAGGCAAAGGGUUGUUCCUUUACUUCUUGAUGUCCCCUCCCCAUUCAGUUCUCUUAUUUAUUUGGUUUAGUUCUGCUGCAGCCUGAGAGAGGAGUCUUCAGUUCAUAGCACCGCUCCUUUCUUGUCAAAUGCCCAGAAUCUGAGCUCUGGCUGGGAAUGGUGGGGAAACGAAAAGGCAGUGGGUAUGGAAUGGGGACAUGUCUAAAAUCAGGACUCCACGGUUGUCUCUGGGCCCUGUCACGGUGCCUUAGUGGCUCAUCAGUUAGGUGACAACUGUUCAAAAGGACCGAAUAAGCAGAGCUAUUCCCCCUUUCUUUGGCACAGGUGUUGGGUGGUAUAUGACCUUUGCCCUGCCUUAGAGUCGAUUAAAAGGCAACCUGCCCCCAUAGCUUAAAUGUCAUGUAACUUAACUUUGAAGAUUAUGUGCAUGCCAUCUGGCUGGUGAAGUGUACGGAACUUGCCAUCAGUGCCACAGGCCCAGGAAGGAAAAAGUACUGAAGAGGUCCCUUUGUACUCUUGGGUUGUGCCUGAUUCUUCCAGUUGGCCUGAGUUUUUAUAAGAUUUCAAUAAAUCAUGAUAGUGUGA